GGGGCACCAGCAGUACACGCGUCCCACGGGCCGAAACCGUUCACGAAAUACGCCAAAGAACUUGCAAACGGCAUGGGUUCGGAGGCAGCAGCAGCGGCGGUGCACGGGCACCAGUUGUCGACGGUGGUGCCGAGCUCGGUGACGGAGGUGGGCAGCUACGAGCUGGCGGAGGCGGACCUGGCGUUCCGGCUGCACUACCUACGCGGGGUGUACUACUACUCCGCGGGGGUCACCACCAUGGUGCUCAAGGAGCCCAUGUUCGCCUGGCUCGACGCGUACUACCCUUUGGCCGGCCGCGUCCGCCGCCCCGCCGACGAAGCCGACGCCUCGCGCCGCCCAUACGUCAAGUGCAACGACUGUGGCAUCCGCGUCGUAGAGGCCCAGUGCGACCGCGCGCUCGACGACUUGCUCCGCGACGACGCCGUCGAUCGCGUGAAGCAGCUUUGCUACCACGACGUGCUCGGCCCGGAGCUCUCCUUCUCCCCGCUGCUCUUCGUCCAGGUCACCAACUUCAAAUGUGGAGGGAUGGCGCUGGGGUUCAGCUGGGCGCACCUCAUGGGCGACGUGGCGUCGGCGACGACCUGCUUCAACCGCUGGGCACAGAUACUCGGCGGCGAGAAGCCAGUCGCCGUCACCAUGAGCCCCAUGAAGGAGCCGCGAGAGAGAAACCGUGCGCCUGCCGCGGUCGCGCCGCGCUCGGUCAAGCCGGUCGGACCCAUCCAAGACCAUUGGCUGGUCCCCGCCGGCGUCGACAUGGUGUGCUACUCUUUCCACGUCACCGAACCGAUGCUCGAGAGGCUGCGGCAGCAGGAGCCAGCGGCUCCCGGCGGCAUCUUCGAGCUCAUCUCGGCGCUCCUGUGGCAGACGGUGGCCAAGAUCAGGGCCAACAAGGAGGUGAAGACGGUGACGGUGGUGAAGACCGACAUGGCCGCCUGGAGCGGUUACUCCCUGGCCAACGAGCAAAAUGUCGGGUACGUGGAGGCGGGCUCUCCGCCGGCCAGCACGGACAUGUCCGAGCUGGCUGCGCUGCUGGCCAAGGAUCUGGUCGACGAGACCGCCACGAUGGUCGGGUUCCCGGGGGACGUGGUCAUCUACGGCGCGAACCUAACGUUCGUGGACAUGGAGCAGGUGGACCUGUACGGGCUGGAGAUCAAGGGGCAGAGGCCCGCGCACGUGGAGUACGGCAUGGACGGCGUCGGCCAGGAGGGCGCCGUGCUGGUGCAGCCCGACGCCAGCGGGCUUGGCCGCGUCGUCAUGGUGGUGCUCCCCAAUGAUGACGUCCAGGCCCUCCGAGCUGAGCUCAGGAACACGCCCUUGCUGGCUCGCUGAAACUUGAUCACACUAGUGUAGAACCGGACAAUAGCACCGGUUCGUAAGGCCCUUUAGUGCCGGUUACAUAACCGGCACUAAAGUGUGGUCACUAAAGGCCCUCAGCACGAACCGGUGCUAAAGGGCAACCACGUGGCACGAGCCAGCUCCGGGGCCCGGGAGCCCUUUAGUACCGGUUGGUAA